AUGUCCAACACAACUAUACGUCAUGUGUUGGCUGCAUUAGAGAAAUUUGCACCAAAAUCUCUUUCUGAAAGUUGGGACAACACUGGAUUACUAGUGGAACCAUACACACCAAGGAAUAUUAAAAAGAUCCUGUUAACAAAUGAUCUAACAGAAGAUGUUGCUUUAGAAGCCGACAAUCAAGGCUGUGAAAUGAUAAUAUCAUACCAUCCUCCUAUAUUUGCACCUAUGAAAUCUGUGAAGCAAAGUGCAUGGAAAGAGCGUAUAGUGUCGUUUUUACUAGAAAAAAGGAUUUUUCUAUAUUCACCACAUACAAGUUGGGAUGCUGUUCAGGGUGGAGUGAAUGAUUGGCUGGCCUCAGCAUUUCGCGUUGUACAAUCUGAACCUAUUACACCUGGCGUAGACCCUAAAACAGGAUGUGGAAGAUAUUUGCACUUAGAGGAAAGAAUUUCUGUGUCAAAUGCUGUAGCAAGAGUAAAAGCACUCACCGGUCUGCAAUAUGUCAGGCUAGCCUUAGGCAGAAGUAAAGCAAUGGAUGAAGAAAUCCUGGAAACAAUUGCACUAUGUGCUGGAUCAGGAGCGUCAGUAUUGAAAAAUGUGCCUGCUGAUUUAUUCCUUACAGGUGAAAUGUUACACCAUGAUGUACUGGAUGCCACCCAAAAGGGUAUAUCAGUUAUAUUAACCAACCACUCUGAUUCUGAAAGGGGAUUCUUAGACAAAUUUUCAAUCUACCUUGAAAAUGAACUAUACCAUAAAGUCGAAGUUAUUGUAAGUAAAUGUGAUAAAGAUCCUUUAACAACAGUGUAA